AUGGGUGCAUCUUUGCCUAGUACCAACAGUCCAAAAUGUAUAUAUACCGAGGUAAGUGAUCAGAAGGAUAAGUUUGUUAGAUACCUGUCAACAAGCAACUAUACAAAAUGUUCAAAUACUUGGUAUUCUUCGCCCUCUUGGCUAUUGCCUUCGCCGUCGCCUCCGCCAACCCAGACCCAGCUGCUCGUCCAAACCCUCAAGUACUCUCCUACGGAGCCCUGCCCUACGCUGCCUACCCCUACAACUAUUAUGGAGGAGUCUACGUUUAAAAAAUUCCCCGCCAAAUUCAACGUCAGCUUUAAUGUGUACCACUUUUUGAUUCUUUGAGCAUUUAAUAAAAAUUUAGUUUUUUA